AUGUCGAAAUUAACUUUUUUUUAUAUAUUUUUAAUAUAUAUUAUUCAAUUUUCUGUAGAAAUUGAAUUUCCAAUUGUUCUUACUACAUGGGCUGCUGAACCAUUUCAAGAAGCUACUGGAAGAGCAUUUGAUGUAUUAAAAAAAACAAACAAUCGUCUUUAUGCAUUGACAGAAGGUUUAUCAAAAUGUGAGGAAUUACAAUGUGAUGGGACUGUUGGAUUUGGAGGAUCACCAGAUGAGAAUGGAGAAACAACUCUUGAUGCUUUAAUAAUGGAUAGUUUUGGACAAAGAAUGGGUGCUGUUGGAGAUUUAAGAAGAAUUAAAGAUGCAGCUAAAGUUGCUUGGGCAGUAAUGAAUUAUACAAAACAUUCUUUUCUUGUUGGUGAUCAUGCUACAAAAUUUGCCAUUCAAAUGGGAUUUAAAGAGGAGUCUCUUGAAACUGAUAAAUCUAUAAAUAUGAAUAAAAAAUGGAGGGAUAAUAAAUGUCAACCUAAUUUUUGGCAAAAUGUAAUUCCAUCACCUUCAAAAAGUUGUGGACCAUACUCUCCAAACAAAUAUUUUAUUGAAAGUAAUAAAGUAUGUGAAAAUGAAAUGUAUUCAAAUCAAAAUCAUGAUACAAUAGGUAUGAUUAUAAUUGAUAAUGAAAAAAAUAUCUCUGUUGGUACUUCAACAAAUGGUGCUAGAAAUAAAAUUCCUGGUAGGAUUGGUGAUUCACCAAUACCUGGAGCUGGUGGUUAUACUUUAAAUGGUAUUGGUGGAUGUAGUGCAACUGGAGAUGGUGAUAUUAUGAUGAGAUUUUUACCAAGUUAUCAUACUGUUGAAAAUAUGAAAAAUGGUUUGAAGCCAAAAGCAGCUGCAAGAUUAGCUAUUCAAAGGAUUCAAGAAGUUUAUGGAAAUUUUUUUGGUGCUUUAAUUGCUGCAAAUGUAAAUGGAGAAAUUGGAGCAGCUUGUUCUGGAAUGAAAACAUUUAGUUUUACAAUUCAAUCAGGUUUAGAUAAAUUACCUAGAGUUUAUACUGUUGAUUGUAUUAUCAAAUUGAAUUGA